AUGAAUAUUAACAACAAUAGCAAACCUACCCUAUAAGAAUAUUUGGAUAAAUUAAAGCAAAUUCAAGAUGCUAAUAAUCGUAGAUUAAGUCAGGCCAAAUCCUAAUGCAACACUUCAAAAAUUAUGACUCCAAAACCUGUCUCUUAGUUAAAAUAGCAGACCAAAUCAUCAACUGAUCGUUCUCAUUCAUAACACAAACUUUUGCCAUUUUUUUAAAAUAGGAAAGUAUCAGGUUCAAAAAGAUAAACAAGUCAAGCAGAUGAACAGAAAAUCCCGAUUUCCAGUUAAGGAAUUACAAAAACUGUAGAAGCAUAAUCACCAAGAACUACAGAAUUAUAAGAUAUUAAAAAAUAAUUAAACUAAUGGUUUAUAAAGGAAAGCAAAAACAAUAAUACUGGAGGUUGUCUUUAACUUUUGGAACCAACACUUGUUCAUAACAUACGUAAACCUAAAAACUAUUUUUAGUUAAAUUACCUCCAAGAUAAAAGAUAAAUCCAGAACUUAGAGCAUCAUUAACAUCUAAAGAUUUAUCCGAUAAUACAGCUUUGCAUUAUUCAGCAAAGAAUGGAAAUGCUCAAUUAGUUUCUGCUUUAAUAUUUAAAUAAAUUCCUAUUGAUUUGCCUAAUAAGGAAUUUAUGACUCCUCUUAUUUUAGCAGCCAUUCAGUAAUAAUCUUGUUUUAAUUUAGUGGUUAAGAAGAAGUAUUUAUGAUUCUUAUGAAUGCUGGAGCAGAUAUAAAUUAUCAAGAUUCUGUGGGUAAUACAUCUUUGCAUUACGCAUGCAAAAAUAAUUAAAAAUCCAUAGUGUAAUUGCUGUUGAGAAGACAAUCAAUUUAAUUUAAAAAUAACAAAGAAAACAAAACUCCUGAUUUUUAUGCUGUUAAUGAGGAUAUUUAAUAACUAUUUAGAAAUUAUAAUGAAGAUUGUAAAAAAUAACGUAUAAUAUUUAAUGAUUUUAGAGUAAAAAAUGAAUAUGGUCUAAAUUUAAAACACAUAAAAUGAUGUAAUCUUGAAAAUGUUUCAGAAUAAACGAGGCUAAAUAAAUUCAUAAUAAUAGUAAUAAUAAUAAACAACUUAACUCUCUACUUAAACUCCUAUACAAUUAACGAGUUAUUCCUGUAAAAACUUAAUUAAUGUAAAUAAAUAAUCGUCUUCUCCUAACAAUCGUACCCAAUAAGAUAUUAAAUAAGAAAGAUUAAAUAAAAUUAAUUCAACUCAUUCAUCAAAACAAUAAUUAACAAAUACAGUCUCAACAAAUUCAGAGUCAAUUAAAAACAAGGAAGAUGAUAAAAUAGGUCCUCAAUAAUUUUAAGUUAUUGGAUUGAUUGGCAAAGGUAGCUUUGGAGAAGUCUAUUUAGUCUAAAAAAGUAAUCAGUUAUAUGCCAUGAAAGUACUUCAUAAAAAUAGAAUAAUGAGUAAAAUUUUAAUAUUAUGUUAGAACAUAACUUGACGAGAUAUGCUCUAACCGAAAGAAAUGUGUUAUCGAUUACUUCCCAUCCAUUUAUUGUGAAACUUAGGUUUGCAUUCUAAACAUAAGACAAGUUAUUCAUGAUUUUAGAUUAUUGCCCUGGAGGGGAUUUGGGAGAAGUCUUAUAAAAAUAAAAGAGACUUCCAGAAAACAUAGUUAAAAACUAUUUGUGUGAGAUUGUUCUAGCCUUAGAGGAUCUACAUAAAAGAGAUAUUAUUUUUAGGGAUUUAAAACCAGAUAAUAUUGUAUUAGAUAGUGAAGGACACGCUUUGUUAACUGAUUUUGGAUUAUCUAAAGAAGGUAUUUUAGAACCAAACACUGGAGCAAGAUCAUUUUGUGGAUCUGUUGCUUAUCUUGCACCAGAGAUGUUGAAAAGAUCUGGACAUGGAAAGGCAGUUGAUUGGUAUUUAUUAGGUGUUGUAAUGUAUGAACUUUUGGUCGGGUUGCCUCCUUAUUAUGCUAAUAAUAGAGAAGAGUUAUUCUAUAACAUUGAAAACGCUUAACUAAAAAUACCCUCUUACAUUUCGCUCGAAGCUAGAAAUCUUUUAAAAGCAGUAACUAUUAGACAUUUAUUUUAGUUAUUACAAAGAAAUCCUGCUAAACGCUUAGGCUCUGGAAAAGGAGACUCAGAAGAAAUUAAAGCUCAUCAAUACUUUUAGGAUGUCGAUUGGGAAACUGUUUUUAAUAGAGAGCUUCCCUUGCCUAAACCUAAUAGAAAAAUUCGAAUAAAUACUCACAUUGAUGGAAAUGUAUUUGAUAUGCAAAGUAUUGUCGAUGAAUCCAAAGCUCAUUUGGGAGGCUGGACCUUUAUUAAUAAUGAUGAAUUAUGA